CCGGAAGUUGUAUUUAUCUAUGGUUUGGCAUUGGAGUCGCAUCAGCUGAACCUGCCAGAGGAACACUGACCCAAUUUACUGCCCAAGACAUCGAAACUGCGACGGUGACACGACUCCCAGGGGGUAAACACGAAGCGGGGGACCUCAUCUUUGCUCUUGGCUAUACAUUUCGGAAAACUGCAACUUAUGCAAAACUGGAAAACCAAAACUGGAAAAUAUUUGAACAAGAAAGACGAUGAUGUCAGUGUGGUGUUAAAGUGACUAUGGCUUGGUCAGUAACUGCAUUGUUCUGAAUGGGAUAAACUGCCAUUGAGACAAGCAUAAAGAUUCAUUUGUACCUGGGAAAGUGCACAACAUUACUUGGAAUUGUAAAGAGAAGCAUUAUCGGAUUUCCUUGUGAGCUGUUCGGAUAAUAUUUUUUUUUGAGUUUUGAAAUUUGAGAAAUGAUUUGAUGCCGUUUUGGAGAAGAGAAAGCAACUCUAGCGCAGAGGAAUGCAGGCUCACAUGGAGCUAGGCAAACAGAUGAAUUUGACCUCUUGAGCUGUGCCAGCCCCAGCGUCAGCCAUGUUGGAUCUGUUUCACACUUCGCCGACUUAAACUCCUCGUUCUUCCUCUUUGUUUCUUCCAUUGCUCGACCAGAGCCAGAUCUCAGUGCAAAAUGUUGUUUGCACAACAGAGUUUACCUCAUCUGCUCCUCGUCUACCUCUGCCUCCUGGCCCCUCCCUCAGGAGUGUGUGCGGGCAUGUGCCGUGUGACUGGUGGCGUCCUGGGAAUUCACUGGAGCAGUAUCCUGAGUCUUGGCUGGGUCCCUUUGGCUGAUGGCAGAGGUGGCGCCACCUGCUGGGAAUCCUGCUGCAUGUCCCCUUACUGCAGUGCUGUGUGGAGCCUGGGGGGGCGCUGUGUGCUGCUCUCCUGCACCCGGAGCAGAGGCUGUGCCAUCAGCUUCCUGCCGCAGCCCGACCGGGAGUCUCUGGGACUACUGCAGCUGCUCUCCAAGGGUCCCGUCACUCAGAGAAGAAGAAGAAGAUCUCAACUAACGACAAACUCCAAAGCUCCUCCACUAGAACCUCCCAGUACACAAACUCCUGACCGCGAGUCGCCAGUUUCGACUCUCGCCGCCCUCAGCACCAUCACUUUAGUCCAGACCGAGAGAAACCAGAACCAGUCCAGCAACGAGUCCAGAGUCCCUGAUCAUAACCAGACUAACUCCACAGACCCAGAGGAGAAGUCAAUAAACAGAAACGGCACAAGACGGCACGCCCCCUACUGGCAUAACAUCUCCUACUGCAGCUGUGCGCCCUCUGGUGGUGUCAGCGGGGAGAGCGUGGAGGUCACUCUGCCUCGAAACGAAGUCGAACUCAACGCCUACGUCGUCCCAACUCCUCCAGAAGGAACUAAGAACUAUGAGUUUGCCUGGCGCCUGACCACUCACCCCACAGACUACAGCGGAGAGAUGGAGGGGCAGCACAGCGAGACACUCAAACUCAGCAAGUUGACCGUUGGUUUGUAUGAGUUUGAGGUGACUGUGGAUGGUGAAGGAGCUCAUGGAGAAGGAUAUGUCAACGUCACAGUCAAACCAGAGCCGAGAGUAAACAAACCUCCAGUUGCCGUGGUUUCGCCAAAGUUUCAGGAAAUCUCUCUCCCCAUCAGCUCCACUGUCAUUGACGGCAGCCAGAGCACAGACGAUGAUAAAAUUGUGAAGUUUCUUUGGGAGGAGGUGAAAGGGCCUUUGAGGGACGAGAAAGUCUCUGCUGAUACUUCAGUUCUGACGCUCACCAAACUCGUGCCUGGAAACUACACCUUCAGUUUGACAGUGACAGACUCAGACGGAGCCUCAAACUCCACUCAGGCCACUCUGGUGGUGAACAAAGCCAUCGACUAUCCCCCUGUGGCUAACGCUGGGCCCAACCAGGUGAUCACACUGCCUAAAAACUCCAUCACUCUUUAUGGAAACCACAGCAUGGACGACCACGACUCUAUCUCCUACGAGUGGUCCUUGAGCCCAGAGAGCAAAGACAAGGUGGUGGAGAUGCAGGGAGUUAGGACACCAUUCCUCCAGGUGUCUUCGAUGCAGGAGGGAGACUACACCUUUAAACUCACUGUAACCGACUCCUCAGGUCAACAAGACUCGGCCCAAGUCACUGUCAUUGUCCAACCAGAAAACAACAAGGCUCCUGUAGCAGACGCUGGUCCAGAGAAGGAGCUGACUUUACCUGUGGAGAAGACCAGUCUGGACGGAAGCAAGAGCUCUGAUGACCAGAAGAUCGCAACCUACCUGUGGAAGCAGACCAAGGGUCCAAAUGAGGUGAGGAUAGAGAACGCAGAUGCCGCUGUUGCCACGGUGUCGGGUCUGGAGCAGGGCACAUAUGAGUUCACUCUGACAGUGACAGACGAGAGGAAACUUCAGAGCAGCGACACAGUGAGCGUCAUCGUCAGAGAAGAGGUGGACCAGCCCCCUAAGGCCCGUGUCCUGCCCAGCUCUGUGGUGUCUCUGCCCCAGAGCACGGCCUCUUUAGACGGAUCUCACUCCACUGACGAUAAGGGAGGAGUCAGCUACAUGUGGAGCAGAGACGAGAGCAGUCCAGCAGCCGGGGACGUGCUGAAUGGCUCUGACCACCAGGCGGUGUUGUUCCUGGGUAACCUGGUCCCGGGCUCCUACAGCUUCACUCUGACAGUGACUGACUCUAAAGGACAGAGCAGCAAAGCUCACGGCCGAGUUGAUGUCAAACCUGAUGCAUUUGAACGUGACUUGGUGGAGCUGGUAUUGGAGGUCCCAGUCUCGGCUGUGUCUCAGAGGCAAAGGGACAUGCUCCUGAGGCAGGUCGGUGUCUUAUUGGGCAUCCUGGACAGUGACAUCAUGGUCCGCAGCAUCAGCGCCUUCAACGAGCACAGUACUCGUCUGGUCUUCUUGGUGUCUGGAGGUCCUGGGCGCCCCCCUCUGGCCGGACACAGCGUUGCACUGGGUCUCAGAAACAAACUCAGGAAACAGAAGAAUGACUUCCUCAUCUAUAAGGCCAGACGAGUGGACACAGUCAUCUGUCAGCUGAACUGCUCUGGCCAUGGGGACUGCGACUCGUUCACGCGGCGCUGUGUGUGUCAGCCAUUUUGGAUGGAGGACUUCAUCAGAGCUCAGUUUGGAGACCAGGAGAGCAACUGUGAUUGGAGUGUGCUGUACGUGACAAUAGCCUCCUUCCUGAUUCUGGUGGGAGUGGGGACCCUGAUCUGGGGAAUGGUCUGCUGCUGUAACAAGAGGAAGAGUAAAGUGCGCAGAAGUAAAAGUCGAUAUAAAAUUUUAGAAGAGGAGGAACAUGACAGUUUGGAGCUGCAUCCUCCCAGAGCAGGUCGUCUGAAGGGAGUAGCGGCGCCCACCUCGUCCGCUCUGAUGCACUCGGAUUCGGACAUGGACAGCGACGAGGCCCCUGACCCCUGGACCAACGGAGACCAGGAGCGCGGGAAACUGCUCCGUCCUCAGAACGGCUCCCUGCGAAACGGCCAAGGUCCCGCCAGAGCCAAGAAACAACGUGAAGAGCUGCUAUAGCGAGAGGGCAGAGGGUAGCUCCAAUCUGCCCUCGCAAACAGACUCUACCUUACGUGGAAAAAAACAUGCUGGAAUCACUUCAUAUGUUUACAUGAAGAAGAGGAAUUACAAAAUGACCGGCGCUGUGUGCUUAAACACAGCAAAACAAGAACGAUAAGAGCUUAAAAUCACUUGAAUUUUGAAUCUGGAUUUGAAAAGCUUUGACUAGUUUAGAUUUAUUUAAUAUUGUAAUUUUUUUUAUAUAUUUCUAACUGGUAUUAUUUUUUAUUUCUAGCUAAAUUAAUGACCUGCAGAUUAAAAAAUUUGCAACUCAAAUUAGGAUAUAUAGUUAGUUUUCAGAUAGGUGGCCCACCUGCUUGUCUCCAUGGAGAUGUUAUCGCUUGUGCUGGAGUAUUCCACAGUAUGGAAUUAAACUUGCAUAUUCAAUUACAGGUGUUUCUAGUGCUUACCUUGAAUACCUUGAAAAAAAAACUGUGAGCGUGAGGUGAGCUCGUCUCUCCACAGAUUGGACCUGUAACUCAGUCCUGUCUCCAUGGAGAUAGAUUGAUUUGUUUAUUUCAGUCACAUGUAUAUUGGGACCGAAAAGGUUUAGGCUGAAGCUUAUGCUCAGAGAUGUAAGUUUAAUGCUAUACUGUAGAACAUUUAUGGAGUAAAAAAACUUUCAGAAAUAUUCAUGUGCAUAGGAUAGAAAUCUGUGCAUAUUUGGGAAAUCUGUGCAUAUUUGGCUGUAGUUGAGCAUAAAAUAAAUAUUUUAUAUGAGUCCAGUCGUAUAUAAAAUGUAUAGCAUGUAUUUUAUCCAUCAGAAUAUGAAUUGAAAAGUUACAUCAAGAAUUACAAUCACGAAUAAAAAUAUACAAUUGCGCUUUCUUCAGUACGAAUACGAAUUCAUAGACACGACUCAACUGUCAAAAAUACAACAUCACUUCAGAGGUAUUAUUUACUGAACAGAAGAAACAUCGACUUUUGCACCGCAUACGAAUUGAACCAGGACUCAACCAGGACUGAUUCCAGGACUGAACUUAAACUAAAACAGGACUAAACCAGAACAGAUCUUUGCUCAGUAAAUAAUGCCUGUGAAGUGAUGACAUAUUUUUGACCGUAAAGUCGCAUCUGUGAAUUCAUGUUCGUACUGAAGAAAGUGUAAUCGUACAUUUUGAUUUCUUGAUUUUAAUUCUUGAUGUCGUAACUUUUCAAUUUGUAUUCUGAUAGAUACAAUACACACAAUACACUACAAUUACAUUACAGACAAAUAUGCACAGAUUUCUCAAAUAUGCAUGGACUUCUAUCCUAUGCACACAAACAUUUCUGAAAGCUUUCCUACCCUAUAGACAUCACACCUGAAAAGUUGCAUAUUACACUUUUAAGAAAGCAGUUAGAAAUUAGACAUUGGACAAAAUUUUGACUUUAUACUAAAUAAAUGUAAACUAGUCAAACUAACUUAAGAUUAAUAUUCUGAAUUUAAGUCAUUUUGCAGUGAAAGGACACCUACUUAAAAAGCUGCGUUGGUCUAUAUCACAGCAUCGUUUUGCAUGGAAACCACAGCCCCUCCCUGAGCCAGACCUUUUACUAGAAUUAUUGAAAAACUCUUUGAAUGUACUUCGGGACUCCUUUUGCGCCGGCACAUACUGGUGAGUUAAGACACUAGCCCGAGAAAUGAAGAGAUUUAAGAAACGUUUUUAAUAUUUAACAAGAAAUGACACUUUGCCGCAAAAUCACCGGACGUUACCGAUCACUGCCAUGGAGAAUAUUUUGGAAUAACCGGAUAAAACGUAACAAAAGACGACAAGAAAACGCAUGCACGGAGAAACAAAACUGAUGGAAAUUUUUAGGAAAUUUUUGAUACAGGUUAAAAGCAUGUUUGUUGUGAGCGAAUGAGUGAAGUUUUUAUGAGUGUGUUGUCAAAGCUGAACAGUCUGGCUCUAGAUUUUCACUGUGGCUUCAAUCAGAUGAUUUAAAUGAUUUUGGACAUCUCAAUUUUACAUUUAAAUAUUAGAUUUUUUGUGAAUUCAUGAAAAGUCUCUCACAGUUGACUUAGGGAAAAAAAGAGGUUAAAAAUCUGAACCUACUUUUAAUACUGGAUAAUUAGUUAAAUGCAACAAUCAAACUAUUAUAUUAUACUAUUUUAAGAAUUAACAAGACUCUUUUAUAGAGCCCGACCGAUAUAUCGGUUGGCCGAUAUUAUCGGCUGAUAUGGGCACCUCGAGGCAUAUCGGCUAUCGGCCGAUAUGCUUGCUGAUAGGGGCCGAUAUUUCACGUGGGCAUGUGAUACGUCGUUAAAAAUCUUAGACUCUCUACAUUCUGUUCAUUUAAUCCAAUUUACAGACAGAUAAAUGUCCUAAUAUGUGGCUCCACAUCAGUAUUUAUCUACGGAGUCAUUUAUCCGUGCGUGUGUCCAUAUUGUCCCUGAACACACCAUAGAGUCGCGUCACUCACGUGUGUUUGUUUACACCUGCAGACACAGAUCCAAACACUGAGAUUAUAUUCUUUUUACGGACAAUCGGUUUGAGUCUGAAUUAAAAGGACAUUUAUUAGUGCAGACUUGUGAUGUGAGAGGAACCUGUAUGAGCGGUGAGUGUUGGAAAUAUGUCGACUUUGAAGCUAGUUUUAGUCAUUUGUUAUGGGUUAGCUGCUGUAGCUCCCGCACAUAAACAGACUGUUUUCUAUUGGUCUGUUCUAAAGUGACUACACUGGCCGUAUAUUUGUUACUGGACCUGCACUGAUAUGUAAAUGAGCUGUGAACAGACGUGUGAAUUAUGACAUUUGCGCAUAUAAUUAAUUACCGCGGCGCGCAGCAUUUACGGCUAAAGGCUAAUAGCGCUAGUUUCUUUACUAGUUAUGGGUCCGUCGCGAACGAAAUGACUCUUCGAGCCGGUUCUUUGAAGCGAACGACGGGAGCCUGAUCCUUAUUGGGAGCCGUGUUUUCUCUCUCACACUUUUUUUCUGUUCACGCCGCGUGCAGACUCGUGGUUUGACAGCGGCAGCGGCUAAAAACGAAACUUUGAGAAAUUUGCGUGUACAUAGGAUUAAAAAAAACAAAAAAACGAGCAUAUUUGGCUGUAGUUUAGCAUAAAAUAAAUAAGUCCCGGUUUAGUCCUUUUUCAGUCCUGGUUUAGACCUGGUUCAGUCCUGCUUCAGUCCUGCUUUAGACGUGCUUUAGUCCUGCUUGCAACAAAACAAUCUGAAGAGCCAUUUGGGAGCCAAAAGAAUCAGCAGCUUUUAGUGAGCCGAGCCAAAAGAGCCGGUUCUCUAAAAAGAACUGGAAUACCCAUCACUAGUGUCUAGAAUGUGAUGCAAAAAUGCCAUUAAGCCAACCUACUGUCUGGAAAUAUGAUGUAAAGAGGCAGAAUAACAAUAAAUGUUUCCUAAAUAAACCCAAUUUAAAAUCCAUCAGAGCCAAACCUAAGUUUUUUAAACAAUUCAAUAUUUACAGUGAAUUUUAACAUCACUAAAUAUAUCGGCGAUUAUAUCGGCUAUCGGCAGCGCCAACUCCCAUUAUAUCGGUUUCAUAUUGGCCACAGCAAUAUCCAUAUCGGUCGGGCUCUACUCUUUUACUAGAAUCAAAGGAAAUGUAUGUAAUAUUAUAAAGGUGCACAGUGUAACUUUACUUUUCUAUUCUAUCUAGCAUUCAUUUCAGCCUGGGUGUUUUUAUUGCUCAAAAACACCUGGAAAAACGUGGAUUCUUACUGUGAGCAGAGUCACCACUCCACAGAUCUGACCUGUAACAUGACCAUAGUUACACAGAGCCGCCAUAAAAGUUACAACAUCUACUUCUAUUACUACUUAAGCACAGUGAAGUCUACAGCCAGAUCGUUGAUACUUUUGACACGUGUGUUUUUAGUUUCAUCGCAUCGCUCGUGUUUUUGGAUUUUCAAGAAAUUACUACGUUAAAAAUAUUCUAUAUUUAUGAGCCUAAUUGUCGGAUUCUACACUGGAUUCUACACUGAAGUGAAUUACGCUCAAAUCACCUGGGAAACACGGGACAUGCCUCUCAUCUCUGUAACCACGGCAACAUGGACAUUUUAUACUACCUAUUUUUAUUUCAUGUCAAAUUUUCAUCUAUCAUUUUGCUUUUUCCUUCAAAUAACUAUACUGAGCCAUAUUUUUAUUUGGAAUUUGAAAAACAUUUUUAUUAAUUUACCAUAGAGAUACAUUAUUAUGACAUUAUUUACAUACUUGAUACAGUUUGUAGUUAAAAAUACGCUUUUGACGAAUAAGGAACAAAAACCAAACUAGAAAUCGCCGCUGAAGUUUCUGGAAGUGACAUCAUAACACUGGGAGUUUAUUUAUAAGUACGUUUUUCUAUUAACUACCUUUUAAAAUCUUUAAGCGAUGUUCUACUCUAGUUUCCUCGUAAAACCAUACCCGGAGUUUUGUCUAAUUCACAAAUGUUUGAGUAAUUCUGCAAAUUUGAUCUAUCUCCAUCCUCUCCAAAGCUCAAAACACACUCGCACCUCAUGAUGUCACCCAGUAGAGAUCUAGAAAUUGUAAAUGAUAAAAUUAUGCAUUAUUUAAGUUUUAUUGCAUUUUGGUUGCUGUGGUUUUUAUUUCAUUUAUUUAACUUUUAGAUUUUUUUUCUUCAGAAGAGAAACCUAUUAUAUUACCUAUAUCUAGAAUUGACCUAAACCUCGUAAAUAGUGAAUAAAUUGUAAAAAUGGUUGUAGGCUGUCAAAACAGGAUAUAUUUAGUAUGUGAAUAGGGCUGCACAGUGAAUCCAUGUUUAUUAGUGAUUAUAAAUAUCGCUCCAAUCAUUUCAGAAUCAAAAGAACAAUAGUUUAAAUACGUUUGUGAGUUAAAUUUGCGUCUGUUCUGUCCUUCAAAAACUGGAGCAAAGCAGCUGGUCUUAUCUAUAUGUUUUUAAAACAUGGACUUCAAAACAUUUCUAGUAUAUAAGUAAGUGUGGUCUCCCUCUACAGGUUCAGUAAAUUAUAGUAAAAUUGCACUUUUUGCGUAAAAUGAUGGAACUGAGGAUUAAAAUGAUGGAAUUGUGACCUGAAACUGUGCUAAUCCAAAAAACAAAUUAUUUCUCUGCAAACACCCCUACAACUUCAUCUGUAAAAUACUACUGCUACUACUAGUGCUACUACUACUACUACUGCUACAACUACUAGUGCUGCUACUACUACAAAUAGAACUACUACUACUGCGACUACUACUACUAUUAGUGUUAUUAUUAGUGCAACUACUACUGCAAAUAGUACUACUCCUAAUGCAACUACUACUGCUACUACUAAAAUACUACAACUACAACUACUGCAACUCCUGCUAUACAAAUAAGGGAAGAUUGUUUUUUUGUUUUUUUUCUGUUGAAUGUUUGAACUCACCUCUUGUGAAUGUUGAUGGGAAACAGGAUGAGUUCAUCUCAUGUUUGUUUUCAAUUGUUUUUGUUUUUAAUUAUCUCUUCUUAAAUCUCAGCCUGUUUAAGAAGAAAAGCUGGUUCUGUGUAGGAAUUUUGGCUCAUUUUGAAGACUUCCAUGUUUGGUGGAUCUUACAGCUUAAAUUCUUUGAUUCAUUCACAAUCACUGCUGCUAUUAUGUUUAGCUUAUUAAAAUAGUUUAGCUCAGCUAAAAAAUCUAAUUAAUGCAAAAGUCUCUUACUUAAUGUCUUUUGUUGAAGAUCAUGUGUGUUUUGUCGACUUGUGUGGGUCAAAUCAAGUGCACCAAAGUGCCAAUGUGAAAACAACAAAAGCGUAUUAUUCUUCCACUGUCUUUGCACAUCAUGUCAAUGAAGAAGAGGAAAUCUAUAAACCCCACGACUGUAGAAUCACUCUUCCGUGCUGCACUUUCACCAACAUUUGUGUGAGAUUUUGAAAAAUGAAAACCACACAUUUUGUACCUAAAUAAUGAAACAGCUGUUACACAAAUGAAGAAUCUGACACUGAGCUGUGAUUGGGGUGAUUUGAAGUGUUUUUAAAGAUUGUUUUUGUUGAAACUAAAACUGGAAAUGUAUAAAUAAAGUUGUCAAAUUGUUA